AUGCAAGACAUCGCCUUCUUGUCUGGUGGCCGGGGUAAGGACAAUGCUUGGAUAAUUACAUUUCCAGAAAACUGUAAUUUCAGAUGUAUACCGGAAGAAGUAAUAGCAAAAGUGCUGACUUACUUGACAUCUAUUGCAAGGCAAAAUGGAUCUGACUCCCGGUUCACCAUUAUUCUGGAUCGAAGAUUGGAUACAUGGUUUUCUCUCAAAAUCUCUCUACAAAAAAUUUCAGCUUCCUUCCCUGGGAACUUGCACUUGGUUUUGGUUCUACGGCCCACCAGUUUUCUUCAACGAACUUUCACAGACAUUGGGUUUCGAUUUAGCCAAGAGGAUUUCAUGCUCAAAUUGCCAGUUGUUAUGCUGAGCUCAGUUAGUGAUUUGCUGACAUACAUUGAUGACAAGCAAUUAACCCCUGAGUUAGGCGGCACCUUGCAGUACUGCCACAGUGAAUGGAUCAUCUUCAGAAAUGCUAUAGAAAAUUUUGCCCUCACAGUGAAGGAAAUGGCUCAGAUGUUACAGUCCUUUGGGACCGAAUUGGCUGAGACAGAACUCCCAGAUGAUAUUCCUGCAAUAGAAGAAAUUCUUGCAGUUCGUGCUGAAAGGUACCACCUGUUGAAGAAUGACAUUACAGCUAUAACCAAAGAAGGAACUAUUCUGCUAACAAAUCUGGAAGCACCUGACCCUGAAGAAGUUGUCAGUUCAAGACAUGAGCAUCAUCAGCAAAUAAGUGGUGAUUGGCAAACUAUUAAUAAAUUGCUGACUCAAGUACGUGAUAUGGAAACAGCCUUUGAUGGAUUUUGGGAAAAACACCAACUAAAAAUGGAGCAGUAUCUUCAACUGUGGAAGUUUGAGCAGGAUUUUCAAGAGCUUGUGACUGAAAUUGAAUUGCUGUUAAAUCAACAAGCAGAGCUGGGUGAUAUAACAGGGAAUCUAUCUCAAGUAAAACAAAAACUAAAAAAGUUGGACAACUUAGAUGAAAAUUCUCAGGAUUUGUUAGCCAAGACCCGGUUUGUGAUAUUACAUGGACACAGACUUGCGGCCAAUCACCAUUACGCACUUGAUUUAAUCUGCCAGAGGUGCAAUGAGCUACGUUACCUUACUGAUAUUUUGGUGAAUGAGAUCAAAGCAAAACGGAUACAGCUCAGCAGGAUCUUCAAAAUGCAUAAACUCCUGCAGCAGGCCCGGCAGUGCUGUGAUGAAGGGGAAUAUCUCCUAGUUAAUCAGGAAAUAGAUAAAUUUCAGUCUAAAGAAGAAGCUCAGAAAGCGCUCCAAGACAUCGAGAAUUUUCUUGAAAUGGCUCUGCCCUUUAUAAAUUAUGAUCCUGAAACCCUACAGUAUGAAUUUGAUAUAAUUUUAUCUCCUGAACUCAAGGUUCAAAUGCAGACUGUACAACUGAAGCUGGAAAACAUUCGGAGCAUAUUUGAGAGCCAGCAGGCUGAUUUCAGGAACCUGGCAGAUAGGCGUGUGAGGCCAAUCCAAUUUGUGGUAUCUGGAACAGAACAUUUGAUGAGAUCUAGAGUACCAUUAUUUUCACCUAAACAUGUGGGAACUGGAUACUCUUUCUUUCAAGCAUGUAAACUUUUUUCAAAAGGGAAGAAGACUUGGAGACAGAAUCAGAGCAACUUAAAAAUUGAAGUGGUGCAUGAUGUUCUGGACAAGAGAAGUUGCCGUCAAUCCUCCCCUUUGGAUAAUGACAAUAGCUUGGAUGUUUUAAAGAACCAUGUCCUAAAUGAGCUGAUCCAGACUGAGAGGGUGUAUGUUCGAGAGCUGUUCACUGUUUUGUUGGGCUACAGAGCUGAGAUGGAUAAUCCAGACAUGUUUGAUCUUAUGCCACCUCUCCUGAGAAAUAAAAAGGAUGUUCUCUUUGGAAAUAUGGCAGAGAUCUAUGAGUUCCAUAAUGACAUUUUCAUGAGCAGCCUGGAAAGUUGCCUUGAUGCUCCAGAACGAGUAGGCCAUUGUUUCCUGGAAAGGAAGAAUGAUUUUCAGAUGUAUGCAAAAUAUUGUCAGAAUAAGCCCAGAUCAGAGACAAUUUGGAAGAAGUAUUCUGAAUGCGCCUUUUUCCAGGAAUGUCAAAGGAAAUUAAAACACAGACUUGGUCUGGAUUCCUAUUUACUCAAACCAGUGCAACGAAUCACUAAAUAUCAGUUACUGUUGAAGGAGCUGAUAAAAUAUAGCAAAGACUGUGAAGGAACUGAGCAAUUAAAGGAGGCGCUUGACACAAUGCUGGAAUUACUUAAGUCAGUUAAUGACUCCAUGCAUCAGAUUGCAAUAACUGGCUAUAUCGGAAAUUUGAAUGACCUGGGCAAGAUGCUAUUGCAAGGUCCAUUCAGUGUCUGGAUGGGACACCGGAAAGGUGCUACAAAAAUGAAGGAUUUUGCCAGAUUCAAGCCAAUGCAGCGACACCUUUUCUUAUAUGAAAAAGCCAUUGUCUUUUGUAAAAGGCGCGUCGAAGGCGGAGAAGGCGCUGAUAGAUAUCCAUCAUACAGUUUCAAGCACUGUUUGAAUAUGGAUGAAGUUGGAAUCACGGAAUAUGUAAAAGGAGAUAACCGAAAGUUUGAAAUCUGGUACAGUAGGAAGGAAGAAGUUUACAUUAUCCAGGCUCCAAAUAUAGAUGUGAAGAUGUCAUGGUUAAAAGAAAUAAGAGCUAUUUUGUUGAAGCAACAGGAACUUAUGGCAGUCCAGAAACGAGAGCAACGGAAUCAGUUACCAGACCAGGAUCAGCCUUCUCUUCAGCAGAAUGAAAAGCAACAGGGAGGUUUUAUAAGCACCGAGGAGACUGAAUCUGAACACUCCGGCGCUACGGUGGAGGUUAGUGAAGUAAUCGCACCGGCUCAGGCAGAAGCAAACACAGUUUGGACCAAAGUAUCACCUUCUGCCGAAACCUCUGAAGAACCCCUGGCAUGGUCAGGCGAAUUUUUCUAUUCUGCUUAUGCAGAACGUGAAGAAGAUAGAUCCCUGAUGAGGCCUGUGUCAGAGACAGCUCUCCUAUCUUGA